UUUACAUACAUGUUUACAUGUUCAGCUGAUUUGGGGGUUGAUAAAUGUUAAUACAAUGUCAGUGCUGUUUUUUUGAUACCAAUCGUUAUCGUUUCUCAAUGCCAAUUGGUAAAAAGCUGUGCAGUUGUUGUUGUUACUGUUGUUAGUGAAAUUAAAGAAACUUAGUGAAAAUAUUAGAAUGCCAGCCAUACGCAAAAUUCGACGAGAAACGAGUGAGAUUAGUUGUUGCCUAAAAUAUUUACUCUUCAUUAGCAAUGUGCUACUCUGGUUGGCUGCCAUAGCCAUAUUGGCCACUGGUAUUUGGGCCUGGAGCGAAAAGGAUAUGUUCAAGAAUAUAGCCAAAUUGAGUUCUAUAGCCUUGGAUCCAGCAUUUGUUAUGAUUAUUAUCGGUAGCAUAAUGUCUUUAUUGGGCUUUAUGGGUGCAGUGGGAUCUCUGCGAGAAAACACUUGCCUUUUGGCAGCAUAUGGAAUCUUUCUUAGUAUUUUGCUAAUUGCUGAAAUUGGCUUCUGUGCUCUGGCCUUCGUCUUAAAGGAUAAGGGCUGGAUCAAAGACCAGGCAACUGAGGGUCUAAAAGCUUUUAUACGUCACUAUAGAGAGGAUGCUGAUCAACAAAAUCUUAUUGACUGGAUUCAAGAGGAUUGGCUACAAUGCUGCGGCAUAGAUGGACCCAAGGAUUGGGAUAGCAAUAACUACUUUAACUGCUCAUCCAUUGCCAUUGGUAGCCGAGAAGCUUGUGGUGUGCCUUUCUCUUGCUGUCGUCGCCGUCCUCAAGAGCUAAUCAAGAAUAAGCAAUGUGGAUAUGAUGUUCGCAAAGAAGGCUAUCCAGUGGAUAGGAAUAUACAUGAGCGAGGAUGCCUACGAGCAGGAGAGGAUUGGCUCGAGGCACAUUUGAUAAGUGUGGCUGCCAGUUGUGUGGCCGUGUUGGUCACGCAGGGCCAAGAACUGUCCAAAAUUCUUUAUGAAAAAGGCUGCGUUCAAGCUGGCGAAGAAUGGAUUGAACAUAAUUUGAUUAUUAUUUCCACAGCAGUGAUUUUUCUUAUGUUCUUUCAGAUUUUGGGUAUUUGUUUUGCACAAAAUUUGCGAGCUGAUAUCUAUACACAAAAAUCCAAAUGGCACUGACAAAUGGCCAUUGGUGGUGUCAACCCCACAGCACUUUAAAAACAACAUAGAAGAAAACCAGUCGAAAGAAGCAGAUAUUAUUACAAAAUAUAAGAACUACAACUUUAACAACAACAACAAAAACAACAUCAACUACUCAUCUACGCUUCGGUUAGUUAACUAAUACUCUAAAUACCUUUAACUAUCCCAUAAGUAUAUGGCAGCAACAUAUAUUUAUGUUUUUAUGUAUGUAUGUAUGUAUAUGUCUAUAUGUAUAUGUAUGUACGUGUAUCUCUAAAACAAAACGCAUUCCGUCUUCAUGGACUUAACUAGGUUGCCAAAUUUUUCAGUCGCUAAACAAAUUUUUUGCAUAAAUUUUCUAUACAUUUUUACAAAGCAAAAACGAGAAGAAAAGAAAAGAACAUUUUUACAUAACUUGAAAUGCAGCUGUGAUAUAUUUUAAAAUGUAAAUGUAUAGAAAAUGAGAAUACAAAAUAUUAUAUGCAAAUUGAAAACUUCUCCGAAAACCAACCAACACACACACACACACAAUACUAAACUGAGAGAAACAAAAAAAAAAAAAAAAAAAAAAAAAACAUGAAAACCUGCACAGUCUAAUAGAAAUCUACAUAAAAAUCGCAUUAUUUUUUAUAUAUAAAAAAACAAAAACAACAAAAAAAAAACACAAUCAAAUUUUGUGUGUGGGGCACAAAAAGAUAGAAAGAACAAAAAACAAAAACGUAACAAAACGAACAAACAAAAAAUGUAGCUUGCUAAUUAUUUUUAACGAGCUUAAACUGAUUUAUGCACAAAGUAAAUCUAACAAUAACUAAUAUGUAUAUUUAAACGCUAAUUAUAUUUUGCAUUU